AUGCGGACCAGCGCUUUCGCGCUACGUGAUACAUUGUUCGGCUUUCUUUUGACAAUUUUUCUAUUUGUCAAGUCAGACAUCAAGACUACGUUGAUUCCAAUCACAAUAUUGAGUAUCAGUUCAGCUCCCCUUUGCACCCCGAAUCGCAUUUUCCCACUGGUUUGGUGGAUAUUUUUGCAUCUCCUACAGUUCGACACAUCCAAUCAGAUACAGGAUGUUGAGGAAGAUGCAAAAAACAAACCCAUUCGUCCAUUGCCAGCGGGUCGAAUCUCGCUGAGACAUGCCACCAUUCUUCGCUGGGGCUUAGUCCCAGCUUGCUGGAUCGGAUCCGUCUUACACGGUGGUCCGGUGCUAUUUUCUAGCGUGACUCUCGUGCUGUUUACCAUAUUAUACAACGAGUUACAAGCACACCGUCACUGGCUCACAAAAAAUAUAGUAACUGCCUUAGGUUUUGCUUCGUUUGAAGUAGGAGGAACGUUGAUUGCAGGUUGUGAUACGUCGCGCAUGGACGCUGUGGGAUGUCUAUCUGUUGUGAUAAGCACAGCGGUGUUUGCUACCACUAUACAUACCCAAGAUUUCAAAGAUGAGGAAGGAGACAGAUUGAUGGGCAGAACGACCUUGCCGAUUGUAUCACCGCAAGUGGGUCGUGCUUCGAUCUUGCCACUUCUUGCAAUUUGGUCUAUUGUUGUCAGCUUCGUGUGGGAGUUGACAUGGGCUUGGACUAUUCUGCUUCUCUGCUUGUCUGUGCUGAUUGGCACUCGAUUCUUGUUAUUGAGAAGCAGGACAGCGGACCAAACAUCAUUCCUUCUAUACAACGUGUGGUUGUCGGCAGUGCAUAUGCUGCCGGGCUAUUGGCGGUACUUCCGAUAUCAAGAUUAUCUUCUUACAUAG